AUGACCACAGCGGCAGUUUUCGGCAGUACUGGUGCUGUUGGCAGCCAUAUCCUCGGCGCCCUCAUUGCCAAUGAAUCUUACGUCUCCAUCAAGACCAUCUCGAGACGCUUACCAAGAGCCCAGUCAUCGAAGCUUGAAGCCAUCCUAGAAGCUGAUACGUCAAAGUGGGGGGACAUUAUUUCCAAAUGGGAUCCUAAGCCGUAUGUCGCCUUCAAUGGCAUCGGCACCACACGCGCCCUGGCUGGUGGGCUCGAAAACCAGCGCAAGAUCGAUCACGAUCUCUGCAUCGAGACGGCCAAGGCAUCCAAGGCUGCUGGUGCCAGCAUCUACGUUUUCAUCUCUGCCGGCCUCAUACGGAGUUUUGUCGGCCGCAAUCUACCCUACAGCAAAAUGAAGAUUGGCGUCGAAGAUGCCAUCCGUGACUUGGACUUUGAACACGCCAUUAUUCUAAGGCCAGGCAUGAUUGUCGGUGAUCGCGAGAGGCCCAAGUCCAUCUUCCUUGAGACAACCAUUGGAAACAUUCACAAGAUUAGCCAAGGCCUCCAAGACUUGAUUGGUGUGGAUCAGAAGAUCCUCGGACAGGCUGCAGUCAAUGCUGCGCGAAUUGCGCGCGAAGGUAACGCCCCUUCCAAGUAUUGGGUCCUUGAGCAAGCCGACAUCAUCAAGUAUGGUCGCGAUGAAUGGAAAGACGAAUCCAAAGACGAGUCAAUUCGUCCAAGCGGCACAGAGUUGUGA